AGAUACAAGAAGUCGCUGGCCAAAAGAAUGUAUCUUGGAGCGUUUAAAUUACUUUUAUAUUAUUAUUGUUAUAAGUAAGGAAAAAAAAAAGGAGGGGAUCCAUGGCAUAUAUAAUAAACAAUAUAUAGACUGGAAACUAAUUGAAGGUCGUAGCUGGUGGGUUAUGCUAGUUAUAUGAAAGUCAUCCUCUAUGGUCAACUCGCGAUUGGCACAAGAAAAACUGGUCGCCCCCACCUCCGUUACAUAGAUGUAAUAAAACGUGACCUCAAAUCAGUGAACAUCAAUACUGACAAUUGGGAAGGCAUAGCUCUAGACCGCAACAGAUGGAGAGAGACAGUGACCAAGAAAGCUAUGGACAGUGAAAGUACAUGGGUCUCAGCUCAGGAAGAAAAACGUACAAUCCGAAAAACGGCCAGCUCCUCUACCACCGAAGCAAAAGCCACCUUAACCUGCGCUAUCUGUGGAGGGGUGUCUCUCCAAAAUAGGGCUCCACAGCCACAUGAGGAAGUGUGCUCUGAGAUGAACCAUAGUCGUUCUACGACUGAAGGAGGCCAAUGAUGAUGAAAGUCCUAAUCUAGGAAAAAAAAAUAAACUUCUUUAUUUAUUGAAAUAAAUAUGACGUCAUUGUAAAAUGUGCUUUUGAGUAAAAGGAAGUGGACAAUUUCAAGUUAAUCAUCCCGCGUUAUUAUGCUUUUUGCAGUAAGAAAAUUAAGAGAUUCUAUAUCUGCUCUUUGCGAUAAAUUAAAAGCGUACAAUCAAAGAUAAAAAGUACAGAUAGUAUUUAGUUGUAGGUAUUUGUAAAUGUACUGAUGAUUAGUUCAUUUUAAUGUGUAGCCUAAUAUACAGAGAGCUCGGAAUAGGCCUAUAUAUAUAUAUAUAUAAAGAUCACUAUAUAAAUACAGGUUUCAGUGUAAUGAUGGAUAGUGAACUAAUCGAACAAAAUGUGAAUAAACCUACAACAUUUAGAUCCAAGUAUCUCUCCAAAAAUCCCAUGGUUCCUUGGAAACGUCUGGUUGACCUUAACCUCGAUCUUAUGUCCAAAGCGAACAAAUCGUCACAAAAUCACCAUUGCGCAUCAGUAUAUCAUUUUGACAAUAUUUUAGAUGACUGUAAGUUAACUUCAAAUACUGACUGUUCUAGCUGUGAAGGAGAGUGUACUUUAACUAACAAUGCUGAACAUUCGAGGUAUGAACCAGUCAGUUCACAUCGUAAAGAAGUAGACGGACGGACUGAUGGAAUAAAGAGUAAUAAAUUCACGGAGAUGCGCUUUACAAACGUUGGCUUGUUCGGUAAAGCUAGAAACGUCCAUGAACUUGACGACUGCGGAGAAUAUGUUCAAGGGGAAAUAACGUCAAGUCGAAAAACGCUUAGCAGAAAUCACAAGACAGUCGACCAAUUCAACGAGCUUCGUCAGAAGCACGGUAAUAUCACGUGUCUAGAUGUCAGUAAUCAGAAAAAUUCCAUGUCUGUUCCGCAAUGGUCACCACCUAAUCCACGUGACUACCCAAAACGUUACGAGUCAGACGACGAGACUUCAGAUCUUACAAAAAGAACGGACGUAAGCAGCGACCAUUCCUUCAAGAAAACAAUGCUUCGCGAUGACAUACAUUUCGUCCAUCUUAACGAUUCCGAAAUUGACGACAGUGGCUUUGCGACACGCGACGUUACUAUGCUUUCAUUCCGGUAUUCCGGAGGUGCAGAAACUAACACAGAUUACGAAAGUGAUUGGGAUGAGAACGAGGUGAAUCUCACAACCGAUUGCAAAGAAUUACCUAAAAAUAGCACGGUCCAUUACAGUGAUCAAAAUGUUGUGACUGAUUUCGAGUCUCAUACUUGCAUUGAACAAGAAGCAGCUGAAAACUUCCAGGAAAUACCGAAAAUGAAUGAUCUUCCCGAAGAUAUUCUGGAAGAAAGCACCAAUGUUUCCAAUCACAUUGUAAGCUCUCCUCCGACAGGUCUUCCUGAUACCGAAGUCAUAAUUCCUUUCAGUGACAACAAGCACAUAUUUAAAAGCAAUGGGUUUGAAAAUGAAAACCCAUUAACAGUAAAAACUGACUGCAUUGAGAUGGUAGAUGAUCUGAGUGACACAAAGGCGACGAAUUUCAUUUAUACAAAAAUGUUUUCUCCAAACAGUUUCUCUAGAUGUCAAUCGUUUCUUGAAGCUAGCUGCGAGGAGCAUUCCACUUAUUCAAAUGAUGUGGAUUCUAAGGUGUCCGAUUGUCUAAGCCCGUUAGUACAAUUUCAUAACUUAGAGUUUCAGAGAGACAGAGACAAAGCGACUGUAACAAUUGUAUCUGAACGUAAAGUAAUAGAAUCAGAAAGUAACGAAAGUCAACAAAGACUUAAAUGCGAAAAAUUGUUAGAUAAAAAUGGGAUUGUUGACUUUAAAGACGAAACGUUUCUUUCAAAGACAGUUACCGAUGAUGUCUGUAAUUUAGUUCAACGCGAGUCUGAAAACUUUAAAUAUAUCAACACCCAUAAAAGCGAAGACAUUAUGAGCAACACAAGCACUAGCCUAGACAUUUCUGAAGUACGAAAUGCAGCAAAUAUUGAAAGUAUCAGGAGACUGAAAUUCUUGACUAGAAAUCCUUUGACUUCGUGGAAACGUUUCGUCGAUGUUAAUAUUGAGUCAUUAAAUUUAAAAAAGUCAAAAUCAAUAUCAAGUAAUGGCGCAGAUAAGGUUGGUCACUCUAUUGCAAAGUGCCAAUCUAAUAUAGAAUCAGAUCGAGCAAUUCAAUGUAUUGAUUCACAUCGCCAGAAAUGUACCUUUACACAUUUUGAUUUAUCUGGGUUGCAGGAUGACGACUAUUCUGGUAUAUUUAAUAAAUGCAAAACUAACGUAGAACCGGGAGAAGAAAACGAAGAGAUGACGUGUGUAAGAGUGGUCAUUGAUGAUCUACAGUUUGACGAAACAAGUUCAUCUAACGUCUUUACAGAUGACCGCAUUGAAAAAGUCUUUUCACUUAGCAAUGAAGGGAUCAUUAAAAAUAAUGACCACUUUGCUGUAAGUCUGGAUUGUGAAAAACAUUUUCAACAAAACGAUGACAUUGGCAAUUAUUUAACUCACGACAAUACACAUUCACAGCUGACAGAAACGACUCAAAACAUAGAAUAUGCCGAGACAGUUCCAUUAGAUUUUCCCUUGCAAAACUGUAUUGAUUACCCUAAAGAGACUGUUGAAAAUGGCAGUCUAAAUUUGACAGUAACCUUACAUAAUACGCCCUUGCCAGACUGUAUGCCUGAUUCAACUUUAAGUGUUCAACCCGAGCACGAAGAAGCUAACAGUGCAUUGGAUAAAAUGGCAAAAGUAACAGAAAAUUAUCCGAGCAAUAUCUUGCUUGAAGCAACUUUAGAAAACCAGUCCAUUCAAGUUCUUCUUUUGCCAGAAAUGUUGUACAACAAUGAUGAUUAUUCUAAUGGCUUUAUGCCUACCAGUUUGCUUAGCCAAAGUCAAGGACAUUGUGGUUCUCAAUUAAAAAAUGAACGAUACAUUCGUUCCAAAUAUAAGCCUGUUCCUCGAAAAUCUAACGAUAGGCAGAGUAUGAAAAUAAAAAGUAGAUUAAGGCAACAAAAGUAUGACCAAAAUGAGAUACAUAAAAAGACUUUACAUGAACUGGAAGUAGUAGAUGUUUCAAGAACCAGUAUAGAUGUCGAACCAAAAGAAAGCUAUGAUAUUUUGGGUACCGUUUGGUCAAAACUUAGUAAAUAUAUUUACGGAUUAGUCAACGUCUUCAAUUCAAGUAUCCAUGAAGAUGACGACAAUCUUCAACAUCUUAACUCUGCCUCAUCCAAAGAAAACAUUAAUAUAACAACUUACGAAAGAUCUGAACAUUUCAUUAAAGGUGAUUGUGUAUCCAAAUCUAUGCCCGACAGUAAAGAUCGCUUUAUCAGUGAAAGUGAUUUACGAAAAACAAAUCAAGUGCAGAUUAAAAAACACUCUAAGCGAAGAAAAAUAUAUUCCAAUGUCGAAACACCCAGGACUGACACAAAUGCUCAAACUGACGAGAAUAGCUUUUCAACGGAAAGCCAACUUCCCUUCCAAACUGAAGAAACUCCAAAUUGUACAUUAGAAUUCCACAAUAAGAUCAAUGCUGAUUAUUUUAUUACUAAGGGAAGUCAAAGCGCGGAUGAAUCUAUUAAGUAUUACAAUGCCAGCCCUAAUAACCGUGUUAGGUUAGAUAAAUAUGCGCGGCAAGGUCAAGGCCAAUCUGAAGUCAUAAUCGACACUAAAAGUGCACCAAACGAAAACGAACUCAGUGCUUUUUUCGAUAGUACUUCGCACCCCGAAAGUAGCCAGACGUCAUUUACUACAGCAGAAAAGGGUUUGAAUUGCCAAAAAGGCACAUCGACGAUCACAAUGACACAAGUACUUCCAGAAAAUGAAGCUUCAACCAAUUUUCCAGAAGAGUCUUUUAGGAAGCUGAACUUGUUGACGCAAACACUACCAGCAAUCCUUCGGUGUAAUCCUAGUUUAACUAUCGUUCAUGAGAGAGAAGAGCUCUGCUCAAAGCAUCAGGAUGCUGGUGAUGAUGACGUUAUGGCAGACGACAUGCUGAGGUCGUCUUUAGAGUGCUUGCUGGAGAUGCUCCUGCAGAGAGGUAAAGUUAGUCAAGCAUUUGUGGCCACUGUUCAAGGUGAAAUUCUAGCCAAGACUUCUGGACUGCCUGUAAAAGAGCAAGACGUGAUGACUAUCGUCUGCUGCCUGACCUCCAGUUACCAAGGAGUGACUCGCAUCACACUUUUCACCACCGCCUACCAAUGUUUUAAACUGGUUCAAAGUUCUACGCUGGUAGGAAGGGCGGACAACUCUAUUUUCGUUGCUCUCCAGGGGAAGCAGACCAUAAUUGUAGGGUUUGCGCAUCCAUCUUCCCCUGGCUCGUGUAUUAGAGAGAUACAGGAGUUGUCGCAGGCGUUAAGUCAGAGAGGUCUAUAGUUUACUCAAGUCCAGCAUUAAUACAAAAUGACUCAGUUAGGCUGAAAAUAUGAAUUGCGGGAUGUCGGUUUUCAGAAAUGAUUUAAAGAGGUCAUUUCAUGUUUACAAAGGGUAAAUAUAAAACAAAUCCUGGACAGUAACAACAUACGAAACAGUUUUCUUUAUGACUAUAAAUUCCAAUUAACAAAAUUGUCUAAGUAAUGAAAGUCUGGACAUCCAGUCUAUAAAGUCAUGAAACUCCAGACACCCAGUCGAAUUCAUGAAAGUCCAGACAUCCAUACCGACUAUAAAAUGCUGGAUUAAA